AACCACAACACAGCCACCAACCACCACAACCACAACACAGCCACCAACCACCACAACCACAACCACAACACAAGGUGUCAUGUUGACGACACCACCCGUUGACAUGACAACGGGGAAAAUGAUGUGUGUGAGCUGUAAAGAGGGAGAGGUCUGCCUGAGCAAAGAUGGUGUCACCUGGACAUGUGAGAGACCAGAGAACCCCUCUAUACCUGUUCCUGUGAUGGUGUGUGGUCCCAGCGCGCUGGAGGUGGGGCUGGUGAAGGCUCACCUGGCAGCCAUCGGCCUGGACUCCUCCUCUGCUCACCUGGCCGACCCCCGCUGCUCCGCCCACCAGGAGCGUGACGGGACGGUGUGGUACCAGGUGGAGCGCAGGGAGGGAAGCUGUGGAACCACUCUCAGGACCAACGGCAGCCACGCCAUCUACUCCAACAGUCUGUUUGUCUACCCAGUAGGCAACGUGACCUUUGUUCGCCCCCUGAGCGUCCCGUUCUCCUGCUCGUAUCCUCUGGAGACAGACUCCAGUCUGGGUGUGGCUAUCCGACCAUACCUGGCCGUGAAAUCCGCUGCUGUCGGCCAGGGUUCAAAGGUCAAGGCGUCCAUGACCCUGUUCCACAACGCUAACUACACCGAGCCUUACGCCAUGGGCCCCGUCACCAUGGCGGUGGGCUCUGUCCUGCACGUGGGCGUGUCCGUGGACGAGAAGGAGACGGAACGCUUUGUGGUCGUCCUGGACGACUGCUACGCCACCCACUCAUCCAAACCUGCGGAUCUCAUGAGAUACUACCUCAUCCAGAAUGGUUGCCCUAGUGACCGUCGCCAGGUGACCGUGGAGGAGAGUGGCUUGUCCCUCCAGGCUCGCUUCUCUGCGCUGCUGUUCCUAUUCCAGGGGGACUACAGGGACGUCUACCUGCACUGCAGCCUCAACCUGUGUGACCAGAGGAGCUCCUCCUGCUCUCCUUCUUGUUCAGCCAGGAAACGUCGUUCAGUGACCCCAACUGUAACCCUGGCACCUCUCACCUUUGGACCAAUCACAUGGACCGAGAGUUAGGAUGUGACAACAUCAGAACUUCUGAAUCAAACAAGUUAAUUAUUUAUAAAAAGUCACUCAAAUUAUUUAAAAACUGAUCAAGAAGUCUAUUUCAAAUUAAUACACUAUCCAAAAUGUCUAUUCACAUUUUCCAUGUUAUCUGUGGUGAUUUUAGGUCAUUGUUUUUAUCAGUUCUUAGCAACCCCACAUCUCUCAUUCAGAGAAAUAGUUUGCAAAUAUAAGGUAAUUGAAUAUGUAAUAAAGAUGUAAUCAUAAUUGAUGUUAUCUUUGUAUCUUUACGUCUGUAUGUUAAACAAGUAGUGAAAAGAUAAGCAUCUAUUUUUCAAUCUACAGAUGGAUAGCUACACCUAUUGUUAUUGUGGGUGUUAGUAUUAGAGAAGCCGAACACAUGUAUCCUAUUUGUGUCAUGUCACAUGAAGUUACGGUAAAGACUGCUUUUUAG